GGUAUGAUUGUGUGUUACGCAGAGAGCUUCUAGUUGGUGUCACCUUAAACUCGGUUCGGGCUGGGGGGUGAAUGCUAAAAUAUAGUCCGUUGCGCGAAAUCAAGUUUAGAGCUAUCAAAGAAACUCACAGGAAAAAUGUAUGACGAAGCAGAAAAAACCAAGCGUUGGGAAGGAGGCUAUGAACGCACUUGGGAAGUCCUGAAAGAAGAUGAGACUGGUUCCCUUAAAGCUACUAUUGAUGACCUUCUCUCCAAAGAAAAACGGAAAAGGGUAUUUGAGCACCAUGGACAAGUUAGACUUGGAAUGAUGCGACACUUGUAUGUGAUAAUAGACAUGUCAAGAUCAAUGGAAGAUCAGGAUUUGAAACCGAACCGACUUACCUCAACAUUAAAGUUGCUGGAAUACUUUGUAGAAGAAUAUUUUGAUCAAAAUCCUAUUAGUCAGAUUGGUAUUGUUACUACAAAAAACAAAAGGGCAGAAAAGCUUACUGAACUUGCUGGAAAUCCAAAAAAACAUAAAGAAGCCUUAAAGAAAGCUGUAGGUUUGUCAUGCAGUGGAGAGCCUUCACUUUACAAUUCACUCAGCUUGGCCAUGGAGACUUUGAAGCAUAUGCCUGGACACACCAGCCGUGAAAUACUUGUCAUUUUUAGCAGUCUUACAACAUGCGACCCAUCCAACAUUAAUGACCUUAUGAAGUGCUUAAAAGCUGCUAAAAUCAGAGUAUCUGUGAUUGGCCUAUCAGCAGAAGUUCGAGUUUGUACUGUUCUCACCCGCGAGACUGGUGGUACAUACCAUGUUAUUUUAGAUGAGAGCCAUUUUAAAGAGUUGCUUAAUUAUCAUGUGAGCCCACAACCUGCCAGUUCCAAUACAGAGUGCUCUCUCAUUCGUAUGGGUUUCCCCCAGCACACAAUGGUAUCCUUAUCAGAUCAGGACGCAAAACCAUGUUUCAGCAUGGCACAUUUAGAUAGUAAUAGUGGGCCAACCUUAACACUUGAUGGAUAUUAUUGUCCUCAGUGCAGAGCCAAAUAUACUGAACUGCCCGUGGAGUGCAAAGUAUGUGGUCUUACCUUAGUGUCUGCACCACACUUGGCCAGGUCUUACCACCACUUGUUCCCAUUAGAUGCAUUUAGGGAAAGUUCCUUGGAGGAGAUUCAGGGAGAAAGGUAUUGUCAAGGUUGCCAGGGAGAGUUGAAGGAUACGAAUCAGUGUUUGAAAAUUUGAAUAAGCAGCGCACAAUUGGCAUGAUGAACAGGAAGGAGAAAAUGUAAUUUACUGAUCAAGAGUCAUCAAAAUCACUUUUGUGACAUAAUUGUAAAUGUUUUCAAAAUCUAAGUGUAUUUUUGAUAAAGUUUUGACAUAGCUGUUAUCCACAGAUGUUAAUGUAGAUUAGGUUUGUGCAGAAAUAAGAUUUAUUUGACAAAUGUUAGAAAUUAAUAUUUUGUAUUCUACCAUUCCAUACACUUUAAUGAACACAUGUUUUGUGGUAGACCAUUCAAGUCUGAACUGUAUAAUCUUUGAGAAGAUUGGUUGUUGUAAAGUUUAUAAGUAGAUGUUCCACAUAAGUUGAAAAAUGUCGUGCUGGAGAAACACA